AUCCAGGAGUAUUUUGCCGCAUUCCACGUGAUGAUUUGCCUCUUCCACGACAACAAGAACAUACUGGCUGAUUCAGAGCAGGCACUGGAGUGUGUCUUCCAAGAAGAAGAAGAAAAAUCAGAAGAAACAGAAUCAGAAGAUGGAGAAAAAGAAUCAGAAGAAGAAACAGAAUCAGACGAUGGAGAAAAAGAAUCUGAAGAAGAUACAGAAGAUGAAGGGGGUUGGAAAAUCAGAGGUUCACCGGUCUGCUCUCCAGAAAGCCUCGGAGAGUGAAGGAAACUUGGACAUAUUCAUCCGCUUCCUCUUUGGCCUUUCCUUGGCGUGCAACCAGAAACUAGUGGGGGAACUGCUGAAAGCUCCUCAGGACUGCAGACGAAGCAAGCCAAAGACUGUCAAGUUGAUCAAGGAGCGGAUAAAACAAAACACUCCACAGAAGAACAUCAACUUGUUCUACUGCUUAAAGGAGCUGAAGGACGACUCUCUGCUGAAGCAGUUUCAGAAGAAAAAUCGUUCCAGACAAUAUCGUACAAACAGCAUGCCAAAUGACAUGUGGUCAGCCUUGGCCUUCUUUUUACUGACACACGACAAAACCAUGAAGUCCUUUGACCUGGGGCGUUAUUCCCCAUUGCCUUUGGGGCUCGAGAAGCUGUUGGUGGUGGUCAAGGCUUCUCAACGAUCAAGUCUACAUGGUUGUAACCUGGACAAAGGCAGCUGUCACCUGCUGGCUUCCGUUCUCAGCUCUCCAUCCAACCUGAAGCAUCUGAAUCUGAGCUACAACAAUCUGUCUGACGAAGGGGUGGCGAUCCUCUCGAAAGGACUGGCCAGCCCAAACUGCAUCUUAGAGUCCCUCAUUUUAAGAAUGUGUGGCCUGGACAAAGACGGCUGUCACCCGCUGGCUUCCAUUCUCAGAUCUCCAGCCAACCUGAGGCAUCUGAAUCUGAGCUGGAACGCUCUGUCAGACAAAGGGGUGGAGAUCCUCUCAAAAGGACUGGCCAGCCCAAACUGCAAAUUGGAGUCCCUCACGCUGACACUUUGCAAGAUCACGGAUAAAGGAUGCGUUUUGUUGGCCGAGGCGCUCAAGUCAAACCCCUCCCAUCUUCAAAACCUAUUGCUGUGGGGUAAUCCAAUAGGUGAAGAAGGAAGGAGGGUCUUAUCGCACGUCCAAGAGGAUCCAAGCUAUCGCCUGCAGACUGUCGGGGUUUAAUUGUACUGCUAAGAAGAACGUUUGAUCCCUGGUCUCAAGAAGGGCGAGACAUUCCAGAUGUUCAUUUUUAAAAGACGUUGAGCCCAUUUGUUCUUCAGAUUUAGUUCGAUGCUACGUACUGUCCAACGACCUCAAGAGCACCAGGUAUCGGCGCAAACGGCAAAAGCGGCCACGCUCACCGAAUUUGAGGAGGUUCGUCUGCCGGCGUCGGGUGUUUUGCUGCAACACCGCUCUACCAUGCUGCCACCAAACAGCUGGCAGUUAUUUUCUGCCAUGAAUUGGAAUAUGUUUGUCACGAGUAAACGUCCAAUCCAUUUGGACUGGGAUGGAAUGACCAAAUGGAUUGGACUUCCAGCACCGCCGACGGCAGCCAAUGAGUUCAAUAAAUACCUUAUUAAAGUUCAACUCAUGUUUGUCACAAAUUCAGAAAAAGGUAACACGCACACUUGAAAUUGUUUUGCUCAUUUUGACGUCAAUGUUUUAAAAAUGAUCAUUUUCACUUCUUCAUGUCAAAAAGAGGAUCUAAUGUUAUUUUGUAAUGGACCUGUAAAACCCUAACCUGAAAUGAAAGUUGAAAAAUCACCAAACAAUCCACAAAAACUUGAAUAAAUACACUGGAAAUGUUUCAUCCACUUAAAA